GACGAGCAAAGGGACGACGGCGAGUAGUGGGAGAAGGGAUGGGAAUUGAGGCGGGGACAGCGAAGGAGAGAGGGGGCGCCGGCGCGAAGUUCCGCUGCCUGACGAGGCGGAAGCAGGUGGACUCUAAUCGCAAAAGAGCCGGCGGAGGGCAACAGCUCGCCAAGGCGUUGUCGGUUCCGCAGCUUGUGGCCAUAGGUGUUGGUUCGACAAUAGGUGCCGGAGUCUAUGUUCUUGUUGGUACUGUCGCCAGAGAGAAUGCAGGACCAGCUCUCACCAUCUCCUUUCUCAUAGCUGGGAUAGCAGCUGCUUUUUCAGCUUUCUGCUACGCGGAGCUUUCAAGCCGCUGCCCUUCUGCAGGAAGUGCCUACCACUAUUCGUAUAUUUGUGUUGGAGAAGGUGUUGCUUGGAUUAUUGGCUGGGCUUUAAUUCUUGAAUAUACAAUUGGCGGGUCAGCCGUUGCACGUGGCAUAUCUCCAAACUUGGCAUUAGUUUUUGGUGGAAAAGAUAGUCUACCUUCAUUUUUGGCACGUAUUCAGAUUCCAGGCACUGAUAUUGUGGUCGAUCCCUGUGCUGCUAUUCUAGUGUUGCUUGUGACUGCAUUAUUAUGCAUAGGGAUAAAAGAGAGCACAUUUGUACAAGGAAUUAUCACUACUUUAAAUGUUUGUGUCCUGUUAUUUGUCAUCAUUGCUGGUGGAUAUCUUGGCUUCAAGACUGGAUGGGUUGGGUACACUGUAGCUGGCGGUUAUUUCCCUUAUGGCAUAAAUGGAGUACUUGCUGGUUCAGCAACAGUCUUCUUUGCAUAUAUAGGAUUUGAUUCUGUUGCCAGCACUGCUGAGGAGGUUAAGAAUCCUCAGAGAGAUUUACCUUUUGGAAUAGCAACUUCUCUGGCUUUAUGUUGUUCACUGUAUAUGAUGGUCUCUGUAGUUAUUGUUGGCUUGGUUCCAUAUUUUACUAUGGACCCUGACACUCCAAUAUCAUCUGCAUUUGCAAGGAAUGAUGUUCACUGGGCAGUGUACAUAAUCACCUCAGGUGCUUGUCUUGCGCUUUGCUCAUCUUUGAUGGGUUCCAUUCUCCCACAGCCUAGAAUACUGAUGGCAAUGGCUAGAGAUGGAUUGUUGCCAUCAUUUUUCUCUGAUGUUAAUGAGCGCACACAAGUUCCAGUGAAGAGCACAAUUGUAACUGGGAUUUUUGCAGCAUCCCUAGCAUUCUUUAUGGACGUUUCACAACUAGCUGGAAUGGUCAGUGUUGGCACACUGCUUGCAUUCACCAUAGUUGCAGUUUCAAUCUUGAUACUGAGAUAUGUUCCACCAAGUAAGGUUCCGCUGCCAUCAUUUCUCCAGCAAUCAAUUGAUUCAGUUUCAUUUCACCAUAAUUUUCAAAAUAAUGGGGAAGAGGCAGAUUCUUCUAGAAUUAUCUGCAGUAACAAAGACCAAGAUGAUGGCAUAUCUCAAGAAGUUUCUGUGGAAUCAUCUGAUUAUCCUCUGAUUGCAAAGGAAAGUAACAAAGAGAAUUUGAACGAACAAACACGGCGGCAGAAAGCAGGUUGGAGCAUCGCAUUAGUUUGCAUUGGAGUGCUAAUCCUCGCUACAUCAGCUUCAUAUUCAUUCUUCCCUAAUUUCCUACGGUACACUACAUGCUCAGUCGGGGGCUUACUUCUUCUAGGUGGUUUGUCUGUGCUUUCUUGGAUAGAUCAAGAUGAUGCUCGCCACAGCUUUGGGCACAGCGGAGGUUUUAUAUGCCCGUUCGUUCCAUUUCUCCCCGUAUGUAGCAUCCUCAUUAACGUGUAUCUGCUAGUAAAUCUCGGUGUUGGGACAUGGCUCCGUGUUUCUCUCUGGUUGUUGCUGGGGGUUAUCGUGUACGCGCUCUACGGGAGAAGCCACAGUUCUCUGUCCGACGUAGUAUAUGUUCCCGCGGCGCAUGCGGAUGAAGUGAUCAGAACCUCAGGGUAUGUGGCAUAGAACCACCCAUCACAGCCAUUUACCAUGUACUACUUGUGAAAGAAGAAUUGUAAAAUACAUGACUGCUUCUACCUCCCAAGGAGUGUAAAUAGUUUGUUCACAAAUUGAUUUUAUGGGGGUAUAUAUAUUAUUGCUUUAUGCAUCAAUAUGUAAACGAUGCACAACAACUUGAAGGAUUUCGAAGUUUCAUAAA